CGGUGGUGGUGAGGGAUCCUCUGACAUCACAUUGGCUCUUAUAAGCCGAGGGAAUGGAGCCCACUGCGCGACACAUCCAGCCAGGAACCUGCAGGCGAGGGGGGAAGCGUUGCUUUGAGCUGGAAGAGAAGAAGAAGAGGAGGAGGAAGAAAAAAGAAGAAGAAGUGGGAGCAGCAGCGCCGCCACACAGUCCCCUCCUCAGCCUCUUUAGCUGUCUUGGGUUUGACCCCUUCACCUUAUGGACUAGAUUCUGCCUCAGCUGAAUUCUCAAGUGUGGGAUCCUUUUUCCUUCUUCUUUUAUUUUUUGGUUUGUUUGGUUUUUGGUCGUACUCCCGUCACGAUGCAGGCACAGCUGGCGUGUAUCCUUCUUCUCUUCUUCACGUGUGGCGGACUUUGCACAGAUGUGGACCAGGAUCAGCGAGCGCUGGAGGAGGAGCUGCUCAGCAGUCUCUUCACUUCGAAGAUUACACAGAACAAGCAGAGUGCCCCCUACUGGCGCGUGUCGCUGGCCAACCUGUGCAGGAUGGUGGGCAGCCUGGGGCGGGAGACGUGGAGCGGCGAAGAGCGAGAGGACGGCGAGCCGAGGGGGGAGAGCCUCCAGAUGCUCGACGAGCUGUACAGCCUGCAACACAUCUGCCGAGUGCUACAGGGCCGGGAGGAGAGGCUACUUCACGACUCUCUAGAAUACUCCGAGCAGAGCAGUGACACUCUGCCGAAGCGGAAAUCGCCCUACAUCCUGAAGAGGCAAGCGGCGCACACCACCAAGUCCCGGAGGCCGUACAUCUUGAAACGGAGUACAGUGUACUGACGGCCAUCCCGGGGGGGGGGGGGGGGGGCCGGCGUGAUGUGUAAGGGACCAGAACCGCAUACUGUACUCUCCGUGAAGACGUGACUGUGUUUCUUUUUCUCUCGUAUCUCGUAGCCGCAAUGUCUCUUUCUCUUUCCCCCACUUCCUUCAGUCAGACCCCGCGAUUUGUCCGUCCAGCAUUGAGACCUGCCUGUAUUCUGCUCCUUUUCAAAUAUAGGCCCCUGAAAAUAAAAUCCUGAGCAUCAAAAGAAAAGAAAAAAAAAAAAGGGGGUGUAUCUGUGAGAAAACUAUAUUUAUUUACGCAAAAUUUCUACACUGCACACCAUUUCGUCCGUUUCCUUUCAGGAUGUGAUUAAAUGAUUCACGAUACAAGAA